AUGACCCCGCUAACUCGUUUGAUAGAGCUCAUUGAUAAAUGUGUUGGCUCCCGAAUUUGGGUUGUUAUGAAGGGUGACAAAGGUAAGCUAAAGUUCGAUGUUUGA